ACAACGUUUGUAGGUUAUAUCUUAUAUUAUAUGCUUGUAAUGUGUACACUGUUCAACUGCAAAGACGGGCUCUGCAAAAAUCGUCUUUACCACAAUAUUUAAACGGCAAAAUUCGUCGGAACUAAUAUCGAAUUACAGUUGAACUUCUCACCGCUGCAUGUCCCGUGAAUUUUGCACCGAGAACGAUUAUUAUAGUAUUGUAUAUUGUAACGAAUCGCAGUCACGUGUUUCAAUAUCAAUUAUGUCGUUAUUUCAUAUCUGCACGUUUGGGACUUAAAGUAUCGCAUAAUAUUAUUACCGAAAUCGUUUCUGCAUUUAGUGUAAAGGAUAAAGAAAAUUAAAUUCAGUGACAGCUGCAGCAGUGUAUAAUUGUAUACCAUGUUGUCCGAAUCGUCGUUCAGUGGCGCAAUGGAAAAACAGCCACUGCUAUCGUCGAAAAAACCCUCGAUCCGGCGUUCGCUAUUGGCGAGUUUUCUCGCUUCCGUGAUGUCUUUCGCUUCGGGAACCGUGGUCGGUGGCUGGACGGCACCGCAACAUCCCGAAACCGUCGCCGAUACCAUGUUCAUGAUGGAAACCAUGGACCAGACGUCGUGGGUCGUAUCCAUAUACCUGAUCGGCGCCCUCGUGGGCGCGCUCCCGGCUGGCGGGUUAUCGCGAACCUUCGGACGCAAGAAGUUUCUUCUUUCGCUUGCGAUUCCUAUGACGGUUGGAUGGCUGUUAAUCAUGUUCUUCGUGAAUGACGUGUAUUUGAUUCUAUUGGGACGUUUCCUCUGCGGACUGUCGCUGGGCGCCGUCACUGUGGCGGUGCCGCUGUACAACUACGACGUGGCGCCGGACGUGUGUCGCGGUCGCGGUGGCGUGUUCCUCGACUUCAUGCUGUGCGUGGGCAUCCUGUACUCGUACGUGGCCAGUUCCUUGCUGGGCCUGUUCAUGUUCGCGUUCACCUGCGCCGUCUUUCCGCUCGUGUUUUGCGCCCUUUUCUGGCGCAUGCCCGAAUCGCCGUUGUUCCUGUACAGCAGAGGGCGCUUCGUGGACGCCAAAGCAGCCCUAAUAUGGUUGUACGGAGACGACUUCGACGUUAGUGUGGCGUUCGAUGAGUUCGCGAAAUUGCAGACCGAAGACGAUGCGCUUCCAGUCGAGAAGAACUUGCAACCGGCCGGAAGAAAGCGAGCUUUCGUGAAGGCGGUCGUCCUGUCGUUGGGGUUGGCUACCACGCAGAGGCUGUCCGGUGCAGGAGCCAUUAUACAGUACACGUCAAAACUUUUCAGCAUAUCCGGUUCGUCAGUGGCGCCGAAUACGGCAUCGAUAAUAACCGGAAUUUUCCAGCUCAUCGGUUCGGGCAUCACCAUUUUCCUCAUCGACCGGGUGGGCCGCCGAAGACUUCUCCUCCUCUCGUCGUCAGUUGUAGUGGCAUGCUUGUCCAUGUUGACUAUGUACUUCUAUUUCUUGAACAAAGGCAUGUUGGAGAACUCCCUGAAAAUACUGCCCAUAAUCAUAGUCUGUACGUUCAUCUCGUUCUUCAGGCUCGGUUUGGGACCGAUACCAUGGUUCAUUACCACCGAGCUGAUCGGAGCCGAUCACUCAAAUCGCGCGCAGUCCUGCAUAGUAUCGUACUCUUGGAUAUUGUCGUUCGUAGUGAUGAAGACGUUUGUCACACUGGUCGACGACUGGCCCGUGGCUUUGUGGCUGGGCUACACAAUCAUAUCGGUUGUCGGGUAUCUCUUUAUUUUGUUUUUCAUACCCGAGACCAACAACAAGAAUGCUGAUGAAAUCCGUCUGUCACUAGCAAAAACCUAUCAAAUCAAUUCGUCCUGAUUAUUUUGUAUUAACAAAAAUUAAAAACUUUAAUUUAUAAUUUAAUAUUUGUGUACGUAUUUUUAUUUUAACUAUUCAUUAUUAUUCUAAAUAAUGCAUACAUGAUUUUUUUGUACGUUGUAUGAUAUUAAUAUGUGAUUAAGUUGUACUUUUAUAUUUUUUAGGUGUGUGCUUCGUCAUAGAUGAAUUAUUAUAGUUGAUUAAAUUAUUAUAUUAUA